CAUAUGAUUAAGUGAUGAAAGCGUUUAAAUGCGUUCAAUGAAUGAGUGAAUUGUGUUUACAAACAAUAAUACAUUCAAUGAAUUAUUUAAUUAUUAAAUCAAUUAAUAAAUAAAGACAUCAAUGGAUGAAACAUUUGAUGAUAACGUGUUAACCACUCUUAAGAUACUUAUAAUCGGAGAGUCAUUUGUGGGAAAGUCGAGUCUUUUGUUGCGCUUCACUGAUGACACGUUUGCCACUGAAAUGCCCGCAACUAUCGGGAUGGACUUUAAGACAACAAAAAUGACAAUAGACUCAUCGGUGGUAAAACUGGCCAUUUGGGACACGGCUGGCUCUGAGCGGUUCCGAGCACUGACGCCAAACUUUUAUCGUGGCUCUCAUGGAGUGAUACUCGUGUACGACGUGACAAAUAGACAGACGUUUGAACGGUUGGACAACUGGCUUAAAGAAGUGGACGCCUAUUGCAAUCAAUCAAAUGUGGUGAAGAUGUUGGUGGCCAACAAAAUUGAUAAAGACGGUCGAGUUGUGACUCGUGAAGAGGGACUGGAAUGGGCGCGAAGAUACCACACAUUAUUCAUCGAAGCGAGUGCUAAAACUAAGGAAGGAGUUGAAUGCGCUUUUGAAGAGUUGGUCCAAAAGAUUAUACAAACUCCUGGCAUUUGGGAGGCAAAUGAAACUAAUAUACAGUUAACUAAUAAUCCUAUCACUGAUAGGAGUUGGUGCCAGUCGUGGUGUUUUUGAGAUCAUUUGCUUACCAGUAAUUGUAUUACCGGUAAAUUUUUUCAAUAAAUUAUUAUAUAAUUCUG